UUCUCUUGCCCUGAAUGGCAAGCCGGACCUUGGAGUGCAUGUUCUGAGAAAUGUGGUGAUGCAUAUCAGUAUCGUUCGGUGACGUGUCGAAGUGAGAAGGAAGGAGAGGAAGGCAAAUUGCUACCUGCUGAAGCUUGUGGUGAUCUUGUGGUUGAGAAUCGACGUAGUUGUAAUUUGGGACCUUGUGAGGGAUUAACAUUCACCACUUCUGAGUGGAAUUUGUGCCAAAAAUGCAACGAUACGGAAGAGACACGCAAUGUGACAUGCAAAGACCCAACUGGUCGAGUGUAUCCACUGGAGAAAUGUCUCAACGACAAUACCACCGAAAUACCGAUUGAUACUCGAUCAUGCGCAACACCACCUCCAUGCGUUUACGAAUGGCAUUCAUCUGAAUGGUCAAAAUGUAGUACGGAAUGCGGGCAUGGUCAUCAAGAUCGACGAGUUGUUUGCGCAAUACACGAACUCGGCGAUCUAACGGUUGUGGAUGAAUCGCAUUGUGUUGAAGAUAGAAAGCCACCAAAAACCAAGAAUUGUACGAAUGAAGAAAAAUGCAACGGAACUUAUUAUAUGGGUCCAUGGACACAGUGUACAUCUGAGUGA